AUGACCGAGAAUUUGCUCGCCGAAUGUCACGCCCUCCGAGGGGUUUUUCUGUACGAGUUCCCCCAAAGCUGCAAUUGCAACGAAGCUCGUCGUAACAUGUGUGUAGUGUUAGGCAAGAACUCUGUCACCUACAAUACCAUGAAGUUUUGGUUCGAAAAGUUCACGAAAAAGAACUACGAUCUCGAUGAUAAACCAAGAUAAGAUCGCUCUCGUUUGGAUAUCGAUGAGGAUAUUUCGAGAGCCCUGGAAGAUGAUUCAAGAGCAACGUCACGCGAACUUUCUGCGACUCUCAAGCAUCCCCAAAGAAUCAUCAUCAACCAUCUCCAAAAAACCGGAAAGAUAGAAAAGUUCGGUCAACUCGUUCCUCACAAAUUGUCCGAUUCUCAGAAAAAUUGCUUUGUGACCUCUCUCUUUCGCUGCUCACUAGGAAACGAACAACGGACUGGGUUAAAGAUAUCAUUACUGAAAAUGAUAAAUGGGUAUUGUAUGUUAGCCAUACCAGGAAAAAAGAGUGGUUCCCGGUCGAGGAAACCGCGACACCUGACCUCAAAUGAGAACUUCACGGAAAAAAGAGCUUCUCUCAAUUGGGCGGGACAGUAAGGGUGUCAUUUCCAGAGAGCUUCUUCCAGACUGUGCUACAAUCAACGCUGGCCUAUACUGCAUUUAAUUGAAAAAGGUGGUCCAUGCUCAUCGAUUACAUCGUUGUUGCUGCUCCAUGACUGCUCCAAAGUUGUUGCUGCUCCAUGACAACACAAGACCGCAUACAACUUUUAAGACCCGCCAGAAGCUCCAGACAGUCGGAAUCCAAAUUUUGUCUUACCCAUCGUAUUCGCUGGGCUUGGCUCCUACUGACUACCAUCUGUUCCGCUCACUCCAGAAUCACCUUGCCGGGCAGAAGUUUCAUGAUCGAAAGGUCGUCGAAACGGGGUUGGACGACUUCUUUGCCUCCUAAUCGCAGGAGUUCUAGGCGGAGGGUACUGUUCAACUUCCGUUGUGUUGGCAAGAAGUCAUAGGCAUUAAUGGUAAAUAUAU